CGAACCCAAAAAGAUUUCUCCUGCUCGAGUCAUCAUCGCGUGUGUUCUCUCACGAUCGCCUCUUGGUGUGCGUUUGCGUUCGUGUCUUUUUCGUGUGUGUUCCCCACUGGAACUACGUACAGUAACGCCUCGUCGUUUGCUAUUAUUCACAGUCCGUUUGGUGUUUUGUUCAUUUUCAUUACAGUAGUGGUACCUACUUUACCUAGUGUGAGAGUGGAGGAUGAUGAUGUCCAAGCCGGAACCGCAAGCCGCGGCAAAAAAGAAAUCGGCAGGCGAUGCCGUUGCGGAUUUGGAACGCCGCCUCGCCCAAUUGGACGUUACGGAAGCUCCACCCGUUAGUACCAGUACUGCUAGUGUCACGAGUACGUUGGAUGAUCCUCCGGCCUUUGCGGCACCGCCGUCGGUGGACGAAGCCGUUCCCGUCAAGGGGGGCAAGAAUGCUCUUUUGGCUCGCAUCAUGGCGGCACAAGAACGCGCAAAACAGGCUCAAUCCACGGUGAAAGCGCCGCCGCCUCCUCCCCCAGAGGAUUUGCUCGACCUCUCGGACGACGUUCCGGCUCCCCCACCGUCCUUUCAAUCGUACGAACAAACCGCCGUUGCCGCACCGACGCGGUCACCGCCAGCCCCGUCUUACAAUUGGGAUCCCCACGCACCAACCCCCACCACCACUAGUACGACUUCCGCUCCACCCACGUGGAUUCCCGACACCUCCGCGCCUUCGGCUCCAGCCUUGGAAGAUCUGUUGGCCUUGGAACCCGCUACGCAUUCGACAAACGUGGGGACGGACGAUCACAAUGCCUACUUUCUCGAUAUGCAACCCGUCGCCCCACCGUCCCAAGGUCACGCCGCGGAACCUUCGGUGGAAGAAGUCUUGGCGGCGCUCGAAGGUCUCACGGAAGAAGAAAAACAAGCCCUCCUGGCCGAACAGGCCAAGAUCAUGGCGUCGAUUGAGCAUUCCCAAACAUCCGCGGCGGCUGCCAAGGCUGACGCCUUUGAGAGUCGCAGUUUUUCCACGGCCGUUCAGAGCGUACACCGUCGCCCGCAACAACAACAACAACAACAACAGCCAACAAACGCCGCUCACCGCUCGGUUACCAUUGACGGGCAGAGCGUUGCACUGCACGGACAGGAACAGACCCGGGCCGCUAUUCAGGACGGCACCGCCGUACUCGUACAGUGUCUUUCUUGCCAAAACAUGAUGCAAGUGACCAAGGCUGCUGCACUCAUGUUCUGUCCCGUCUGUCAGGUAGUCUCGCCCGUAGAGCACCUGGAUGGUAUGGACGCCGCCCAAGCCGCACAGCUGCAGGCCGACAUGGAAUUGGCCGAGCAAUUGCAAAAGGAGGAAUACAAGGAAGCCGCGGCGGAUCGACAAGAGCGGACUUCGCGACCAACGUCCACGCCGGACAAGAAAAAGGAUCAAUCCUGGGGUGAGUGGUUGGGUUUGAGUGCCACGGCCGGUACCACCAGCUCCACGUCUUCACCGGAACGUCCCAUGUCGUUCGCGCAAAAACCAACCGAACGGGGUGCCAUUGGAGUCGCGCGUCCCCCCGGUGCCGUCGCCGAAACCGGGACGGCCCAGUACGGAUCCCGCUCGUACGAUGAUGACGUUUGGGCGUCGCCGGGUGGCGGCGGUGCCCGGGUAGCGGAAACGAAACCCUUGUUCAACUGCGUCGCCGAUUCGGUCUACUCGGCUGCGUCGACCUUCACCACGGCCAUGCACGCCACCACGCUGUCCGAAGACGACGAAGGCAACGUCCACGGCGUUGACUCGUCGUCGCUCUUGGCCAUGCCCGGUGUUUCGCGGGAAUCGAAUUACAAACAGAUGGAUGGAAACUAACUGAAAAACGAAAUAUAACUCUUU